AUGACUGAAACCAAUGGAGCCGGUUCGCCAUGGCGAAUCUACCUUUAUGGUGCUGGUUCUAUCGCAUGGCGACAUGGCGUCGCAGCAGAAAGCCUUGGGCAUGAUGUCCAACUGUUUGCUGCCGAUCCCUCGAAAGAUGCUCGAGAAGCAUUGCUCGCCAAGUUUCCCAAAGCCACGGUCUUUGAGGAUGCCGAGGCCAUGCUCGCCAGUUCUCCAGGGCAGCACCGCGACAUUGUCGUGAUAGCUGUGCCUCCAUGGCUGCACCACGCCGCGACACUUCUUGCCUUCAAAUCCAACCGCCAUGUCCUCUGCGAGAAGCCUCUGGCAACUUCGGAGGCUGAGAUGGCCGAGAUGCUAGCUGCGAGUGAUAGCUCCGGUCGGAUUUUUGGAGAAUGCAGCUUUCGAUAUCUCGGAAACGGGGCCUUGGACCGCGCCCGUCAGUUGAUCGAGACUGGUGGAAUUGGCUCUGUGUAUCAUGCCUGCUUCGUCAACCGCCAACCACGCGCUCGUGCUGGUAUCGAGUACCAGCCAUCGAGCAGAUGGUUUCUACAAAGGGAGAAAUCUGGUGGAGGAACCAUCUUCGACUGGGGUGUCUACGAUCUCACCAUGUUCUUCGACGUCCUCCGUCCUAUUGCUGCCACGGUCAAUCAUGCCUGGUUAGCCACGCCAAAGACUGGUGCCGAUCCACCCGAGACCGCCAUAUCCGUGGAAACCCACGCUGGCGCAUCUUUAACGUUGACACUCAAGGACGGUUCUGUCAUCCCAUUUGGGUGGGAGCGGGCAAGCGGUUUUCAUGGCGACCCUCAAGUUGCUCUAAACGUCGACGGCACAACUGGAGGAUUGACUUGGGAAUGGGUUCCGACCUUUGACUACAAGGACGAAGUCGAUCAGGAGAAGGAGGGCUUCAAGCUCGUACACUAUGUGGAUGUCGAUGGCAAGGUCGAUGCUAGGGAGGAGAAGUUCCCUGCUUUUGGAUGGGAAGACGCAAACCACCGUCCCUUGUUGUCCUUUGUUGACUUGAUCGAGGGCCGCGAGAGCGUGGCUCUUUCCAGGAGCAGGCUCGAGUUCAACUUUUCUGUAGUGUCAGCCAUUUACAAGUCGGCCGCGGAAGGGAAGCCCGUUCAUGUUCAGCUGAAGUAA